AUGAUGUUUCUGAUCGGGCGCGUGACACUUGGUCGGCGCUUCUCCACCGCGGUGGCAAGAAGAGCGGAGGACAUAAUGGCAAACCCAGAUUGCCGCCCUGAGGAUAUAUGCAUGAGAGUCUCGUACCUGGGCGGCGUUGGGGAUGGCAACACGGCGGCCAAGUACGCUCGUUUGGCUGUUUUCAGCAGAAGUGAACCGGAGUACACAGCGACAACAUGUCAACACAUCAUCGGAAGCAUGCUCCAAGAGAAAAGGCACAAGGACGCUUACGAUCUCUACGAUUACUUCUUCAAGCAGCAUGAGCUCACUCCCAACAGCCAAUGCUGCAACUACAUGAUAGAGUCUCGUUUCCAACAAGGUCUUGUCGAAGAAGCUCUCGACUUCCACAGAUCCAUCACACCCGGUAUGGCCUCUGGUUACCCGAGCAAAGACACUUUGAGGGUGUUGACAAAAGGGUUAGUCCACUCGGGUCGGUUGGACCAAGCCGAAGCCUUGCUUAAGGCUAGGACGACAGUCGAUAGGUUCAUCUUCCCCGACCACGUGGCCUUUAACAAUCUGAUUCGCGGGUACUUGGAUCUUGGGAAUCUAGACAAGGCGAAUCUAGUCUUGCACGAGUUCAAACGCAUGUUGUCUUCUAGUAUAGCCCGUUCCAAGUCUACGUAUGAGUUUUUCAAUGACAACUAUCCCGGAUAUGAAAACAGCGUCACAUUCCUGACGGCGACAUUCAUGGACUACUGGUUUAAGCAAGGCAAAGAGGUGGAAGCUAUGGAGUGUUACAACCAGUCUCUUCUACGAGCAAACAAGUUACCGGUUUGCCCAGAGACUGGCAACGCCCUUUUGAAGGUCCUGCUCAGGUACGGCAAGAAAUACCAUGCUUGGGCAUUGUACCAUCAAAUGUUUGAUCAAAGUGGAACCGAUAGUAACAGACGCUUGCAAGUUGGUACCGUUCAUAUAAUGGUGAACGAGUGUUUUGAUAUGGGUCGGUGUAGCGAGGCAAUCGAGACCUACAACAAGGCCGGAUUCUCAACUGGCGGAUACAUUAUCACAAGCUGUUUCCAAAACGGCUUCUUGUCCGAAGCUGACUCUCUCUUUGCUUUUGCUGAUUCACUUGCUCAUGGUCCCGCUUCGGCCAGUUUCAAACCAAUCCUCCACGCUUACCUCAAGGCUGGGAGAAUCGACGAUGCUCUUGAAUCCUCCAACAAAAUGAUCGACGCCGCUCUAAAAGAGGUCUCCGAUCUCUUUUGA